CUGUAAGAUUCUCUCUUAUUUGGCGAAGAAGAAAAAAAAAAAAAUCUCUCUCAACUUUGAUUCCCCUCUCUCUUUCUCUGUAUUUUACUUUAGCUAUUCUCCACUCGUAUAGUUUCCAUUAUCUCUUCUGCUCUCUGUUCGUCGAAUAUGAUCGAUUCAAGGUUUUGAAUAUUGAUAAACCCUAAUUCCUGGUGUUGCGGAUUCAUCUGCUGGAUUGAUUCUUCAUUGCAGCUUUUUGAAUUCAAGUGUAAGGUUUAAUAGGUUGCAACAAUGACAAGUCCAGCAAGAAAGAGACUAAUGUGGGAUUUCAAGAGGCUGCAGAAAGAUCCUCCUGUGGGAAUAAGUGGGUCUCCACUAGAUAACAAUAUCAUGCAUUGGAAUGCUGUCAUCUUUGGACCUGAUGACACUCCAUGGGAUGGAGGUACUUUCAAGAUGACCCUUCAGUUCACUGAGGAUUACCCGAACAAGCCCCCAACAGUGCGGUUUGUAUCACGGAUAUUUCAUCCAAACAUUUAUGCAGAUGGAAGCAUUUGCUUGGAUAUCUUACAAAACCAAUGGAGCCCCAUCUAUGACGUCUCUGCGGUACUCACAUCGAUUCAGUCUUUGCUUUGUGACCCGAACCCUGAUUCCCCAGCAAACGCCGAGGCUGCGAGGUUGUUCAGUGAGAACAAACGGGAAUAUAAUAGGAAAGUAAGAGAGAUCGUGGAGCAGAGCUAUGCAUAAUAUAUGAUUUAGUUUGUUGUAUUGUCUAGAGUAAUUGGAGCUUGAGUAGUAGUUAAGUUCGUAAGACUUUUGAGCUCUGGAACCGAGAUAUUUUUCCAAUAUAUAUAUAUGAUAUCUUUAUCA